GGGACCUCUGGGCUGCCGACACAGCAGUUACAGCACAUCAUCAGCUCGCCACGCAAAACCUACUAUGGUCUCACGGGUAAAUCAGAGGGUCAUCAUCGAUAUCGCUUAUCACCACCAUGACUCUGCCUGCUUUACCAAUAAUAUCUCACAGUCAGAGGAUCAUCAACUCGGAUCAGCACCGUUCAGAGUCAUUGCAAGGAUUGUAUCUGCUUUCUCAGGCGACAUCGCCUAGCACCUUCCUCAUGUGCGAUAAGAAUCUUCUCUAUCUUGUUGGAACCUGGUUUUCAGUUCCUCGCUAACGGGUUUUAAUUUCACGGCCAACUUCUGAACUGUCCCAAUUGACCAUUGUACAGGGUUCACGCACCGAGAGUACAUACUACGGUCUCAUGGGUAAAUCGUGUAAUUUAGCGCCAGGGUGCCAUUCGACGACAAACAGCAGCGAGGGCAAUUUGUGUGGCAGGAAGGCCUCCUUCUCAAUGCGAUGCCAACUGCUGCUUCGCCGAUUCAAGCGGCAGUUGUCUGGCACCCCGGUUAAGCGAGUUACAUUACACGAUUUAUCCAUGAGACCGUAGUAAUAUUGUGGCUGGCAUGGCUGGACAUGCGCCUCCAGUAACGCGAGAUCAACGUUUCCAGAGCUAGUUUCGCACACCGGUAACGCUCAGCCAGUCCUAAUUUAGAGCGUGUCUCAUGAGGACAGUCUGCAAGAGCACAUGAAAGUCGCCACCCACGCCGAUCGAUUUUGGUGAACUGCCAACAACAGCUCUACGCAAAAGUUGAAUGCCGCUACAUUAUCAUUGUCUCGCAGUCACCUUUACGGCUUUUGCGUGUCAGUCAGUCUCGGGCAAAGACGAGAGAGACGAUGACGUCGCCGAUCGCAAACUCUCAUGACCCCGACUUCCUUUAUGCAGCGUAUCAAGCAAGUCAUCUAAGUCCCCAGAGGCCAAGUCACAGCAACAGCGAGGUCGCAUCGAUAGAGAACUAUGGCUACAAUCGUACCCGAGACGGUUCUGAGGAGGAUCCCUUCCGAGGCCUCAACAGCUAUCGGGUGAGCGGUACGCGCAACCAUGAGUUCAAGACUUAUCUGCUGGACGGAAAGAUUGAGAAACCUUGGACUGCGGACAAGAAAUACAAAGCGCCUCGCAAGGGGAACUGGUAUAUCCUUGGAGGGCUUCUCCUUGCGAUAGCUCUCAGCGCUGUUGUGAACUGGAGGAUCGCGGUCGGCGUUCCCAACCACGAGUAUUGUUUAGUCUUAGACGAUUCCUUCAGCACCCUCGAUAAAUCCAUCUGGAGUCAUGAAGUCCAACUUGACGGGUUUGGUACGGGCUCCUUUGACUGGACAACAACUGAUGUCCGAAACGCCUUUACUGAUGGAGAUGGACUUCACAUCGUUCCCACUUUCACAACUGCCACAACCGAUAUUACUGAAAGCCAAAUACACAAUGGUUACCAUUUGAACUUGGGCCAGACAAAACAUGGUGACGGUUCAUGCACAGCCAACAAAAGUGCCCAAUACUAUGCCGAUGAGUGCAGCAGGAACUCCAACAUUUCCUCACACGCAGUCAUAAACCCCGUGAGGUCAGCGCGCCUUACUACGCAAGGUGCAAAAUCGAUCCAGUAUGGCCGUGUCGAAGUCGUGGCCAAGGUGCCAAAGGGCGAUUGGCUCUGGCCGGCAAUCUGGAUGAUGCCCGAAGAUUCUGUAUAUGGAAUCUGGCCGCUGAGUGGCGAGAUUGAUAUUAUGGAAAGUCGCGGUAACGCACGUGGCUACAGAAACGGCGGAAGAGAGACAGUCUCAAGCACGAUCCAUUGGGGCUUAUCGUGGGACACCGACAGGUUCUACAGAACUACACAAGAACACACGAUUCAGAGAACAGACUACUCCGAAGGCUUUCAUACCUUCGGGCUCGAGUGGUCACAGGAUUAUCUUUACACAUGGGUCGACAAUCGACUUCAGCAAGUUCUCUACGUCGACUUCAAGAAACAGGAUUUUUGGCAACGCGGCCAUUUCCAAGGUGAAUACGAAAAUGGCACGCUACUGACGUCGCCCUGGUACAUCAGCGGAAACAAGAAUGCACCUUUCGAUCAAAAAUUCUACCUGAUUCUCAAUGUUGCGGUCGGGAGUCGCAAUGGCUGGUUCUCGGACGGAGUGGGUAGCAAGCCAUGGGUUGACGGAAGAGACUCUGCAGCCUCUGACUUCUACGGCGCCAGGUCGGAGUGGGAACCGAGCUGGGGAACGGGAAACGAACGCGGUCUGACGGUCAAGAAUGUCAAAAUGUGGCAGCAAGGUAAAUGUAGCACAUAGAACACAAAUGGGAUGUACGGAGCAGACUAGCACGCAAAUGGGAGGUAGACUAACUAGCACACGAAAUGGGGUGUAGAAUAGCACACGAAUGGGAUGUACAUAAUGGAAGGGCA